AUGGCGUCGGAUCGGCACGAGGCAAGGUCGUCCCGCAGAAGCGCUGCGUCUGAUCCGUCUUCUCGCACAAUCGAGGACCGCGACGAUCGACUGCCGUAUUGGAGACUAGACCACAGGCCUGCAGUCGACUCGCACUACAACAUGGACACCUCGGCUUCGACGACGUACGCAGCCGCGACAUUCGGCGCUUCGGAUCGUUACGGCGAGGCAUCCAUCGACGGACAGAGGCCUCCCUACCCCCCACCCUCUACAUCCUGGGAUGCGCAGGCGCAUUGGCAGCAGCAAGCAGAUCCACAUGAUACCAACACGCACCCACCUGGGUUCGUCGAGCAAUAUAGGCCUGCCCCGACCCAAACCCAUCCGCAGUCAAUCCAGCAACAUUUCGGCUAUCAGCAGGCGCCCCAGCAGGCUCGCAACAUGCACAUGCUGCCGGUGCAGCAUCGUCAUGAACAUCAGCAGGCCUACGCGCCUGCGCAUCCGUAUCAUCGCCACGGCGAUCUCGCCGACGACGGACAAAGUCGUCCGCCAACUGCGACCGGAUCAUUUCGCUUCUCGCGCCCCCCUUCGAUAUCAUCGGCGAGCUACGGCGGUGGUGCAGAAGCGGUUCGGCCUCAGCCUGGCGGCGUGCCUUGGUCAUCGGCCCAACACCCUUACAGCCGGGUCCGUCCCAUGGAUGCCCUAUCUUCGGGCUCGUCGACUGCCCAUUUCAACCUGGCCGAGCACCCUCGACACCCUUCAGCGACCGAACAGCGCGGUGGCGACGCUCACCCGUAUUCUGAGGUGUCUGCUGACCACUCUUUCGACGUAUCGAUUUCGGGCGAGCGUCGCCACGCCGCAUCCGGGAGCCCGGCCUCUUGGAAAAACGAGUCCUACGAAGCCAACGGGCACCGCCGGAAGCGGAUACGGCCGGACGCAGGAUCGGCGGAUAGACCGGGAGACCCACCACCGCCUUCGGCUACUCCGGCGCACACCGACUUCGCCGCGCCAACGACUCGCGGCUCGGCUCCACCCCUUGCUUCUGUGUCCGAUUCGGCGGCCCGGACAAGUGGCGUUGUCGGAUCUGGGGUCAACGACGCCGCUGCGUCCGCUCCUCUUCGCAGAAGACUGGCGUCUGCGGCUGAGCUGAAAGACAGCAGCGACGACGACGGCACCAGCAGGUCGGCCGUUGCUGUUGGUAGCGUGGAGCCGACGACCUCGGUGCAAGGAUGGAGCGAAGCUGGGGGAGCCGGCAAGACCAAACGGCGGAAGCGGGCGAUCUUGAGCUGCACCGAGUGCAAGCAGCGCAAGAUCAAGUGCGACCGCAACGUUCCCAACUGCGGCAGCUGCGUGCGGAGGGGCGUGGCGCACAUGUGCCGCUGGGGCGACGAGCGCGACGACAUCGCAUCUGCCAAGGCGGGCAGCAUCACUCCGUCCAAUGCGGCGCUGAUGGCGAGGAUUGCGCAGCUCGAAUCGCAGGUGCGAGCGCUACAGGCCACCGGGCAGCGGUCAUCCAGCCAACUGGCCGUCAGCGCUGAAGGGUUGUCGGAAUCGGGCGAGGAGCCUUUGCACGGUCAAAAUCGGUUCGCGACUAGGCUGCUCAACCGUGCUGGUGCUGGGCUCAGGCACAGCGGCGCCUCACAUCCGCAGAGCUCGCAGAGCUACAUGGUCACGGCGGCACAUGCCCACCGCAGCCGCUCUCCCAUCGAGCCGGAUCCAAGGGCAGCGUUGCGCGACGCCGACAUGGUCGCGCGGAGCGAGGCAAGCGACAGCCCUGGCUCAGAAGACGAGGAUGCGGCCGAGGUCCUUGAGGCCCUGGCUCGAGGGACGCGGCUGCGCAAAGAGCACUCGCCCCUGCCUAUGCACAAGGCGGCCGAUGGAGCUGAAGUAUCUGCAACGCGACGCUCGCCAACCGCACAGGGCAAAAGUGCCAAGCCAGACAGUGGGCAGGACGAUCUCAAGUCCGACACUUCACGGCCUGAUGGCGACGGGCAAGACGGUCCCGGUUUGCCGCUGGAUCAGCGUCCUGCGCGAGCUCAGUCGCCACGGGGACCCGUGCUUCACCCCAAGCCAGGAAGCGUGGCAGCUGUGCAGGCGGCCGGUGCCCUUCUGGACAACAUGCAUCCCUUCCCACACGUUGAGCUGCAUGUCCCACGGCACAGUCAGCGCUUCGACGAUCUGCGCGUGCUCGUGGGCCUCUUGCCGUCGCGCGAAGCCGUGUCGGCGCUCAUCAAGAUUUACAUCAGCGAGGCGGAGCCGCUCGUCGUGUCCCUCCAUGUCCCGACGCUCUGGGCUCAGCUCGACGCUUUUUGGAAGCGCAUGGACCGGCUGCAGCAGGCGGCGACCGACAGCGAGCGCCCCGCUGCCGAUGGCAAGGAGGAGGCGCCGGACCUGCAGUUUGCAUCGCUGCUCUUUGCGCUGGUCGAGGGCGCCUGCGAGUACCUUGCACCAUGCGAAGUAUUGACCUACGGGAUCUGUACUUCGCGCGACGAGAUCUGCGCUCGCCUCACUCUGCUCGUUCGCGCUUCGACGGCGCUCCUCUCACUCGACAAGUUCAUUUCCAAUCCGACCCUGUGCGGCUUCCAGGCGGUCGUCGCGCUCCGCCACUACUGCUUCAACCGCGAGUUCCGGCAAGAGUACAUUGUCCUGUCGACCAUGGCGAUCAAGGCGGCCGAGGUGAUUGGCAUGCACCGACUCGGUAACGCCGUCGAUGACCACAACAGGUGGGACGAGGAGCGCCGAACGCAGCUCAUGCUCAACUCGGACGACGGAUCGGGGGCCCGUGUCAAUCCUUCGAACGGCACUGGCAGCUCUCAGCGAUCAAAGAAAAGGGGCCGCUCCGAUGCAAGAAGGUCCAACGACUCGGACAGCGAAAUCGAGGUGGAACUCAUGGAUCCGCUCCGGCUGGAUCUCAACGCAAUGUUCUUGCCCCGCGGCCGCCAGAAGAAGCGGUGGGAGAACAAGGCCACGGCCCGCUUCUACGACCACAACCACCUCCAGCGUGAGAUCGCGCGCAAGGUCUGGUUCGCCCUCGUCACGAUGGACUGGCUCUGCGGAGCCUUCUUCGACCGCUGCUAUCACUGCGGCGACGAGCAGUUCACCACUCAGACCCCGCAGAACAUCGACGACGGUGCGCUGUCUGCGCUGUCCGCUCAAGACGGGUCCGACGACGGCAAUGAGCGGGAAACCUCCCUUCUCGACCGCGUCCAGCCGUGGUACGAGCCCACCGACAACAGCUUUGUGCUGGUCAACGUCGAUCUGUGCCGUACGGUGCGAAGCAUCGCCGAUGCGCAGAACCGCGGCCAGGAGGCCUACGAUGUCGUCCUGCAGAUCGACCGACGCUUCCGCUCCAUCCUCGACAACCUGCCGCCUUUCUUUCGCCUGGACGGGGAGACUGAGUACGACCCCAAGGUCAUCCAGCUCCAUCGCGCUCGGCCCUACCUUGCCCUGCAGCGGGCGGUGAUUUACGAGUUCGUCCACCAUCGGUUGCUGAUGCUUCAUCGCCUCUACAUGGGCAGGGGCUACAGCAACAUCAAGUAUGCCUACUCGACGCGCACCUGCAUCGAAGGUGCCAGCGUCGUGAUCGCACUGCUGCGGUGCCUCGACCAGGUGCAGUCUCACGGUGGCUCCCGCGGCGGACGUUACUGGGUCUACACCUUCCACCUCUUCCACGCGCUGUUGGCGCUACAGGUGGACCUUGUCAAUCUGAGCAGCGAGCCGAUGCACGACGAGGUGCUGCUCAAGGCCAACGAUGUCAUGUCCGGGCUUAAGAUGAUGCUGGCCAGGACCGACGCCGAGGGUCGCAACCCGAUCCUGGCCAAGUCGAUCGACGUCAUCAAGUCGCUGCGCAAGGAAGAGAAGACGCGCCGCGCUCGCUACGACGCGCAACGAACAGACGAGACCGUGGUCGCCAGAGAGCCGUCAAAAGAAUCGUCGACUCGAGCGAGACCGGGCUCGGGCUCCGACGACAACGACAACGAUGCCACGCGACGAUCCUCGCGCGCGCACACGGAUGCCUCGCGCGACACAGGUCAGAUUGCAGCGCAAUUGGCCAAAGGGAUCCUCGAGACCUGGCCGAACCUACGGCAUCCAGGCAAGGACUACACGGCUUCGACACCCGGACUGCGUCGAACCUCUUCGGCGGGCACGAGACCCCAAGCGUCGCGCCAGAGCUCGGCCGCGGGCAAGGGCGAGGUACGUGGUCAGCUCACUCGACUCGCCGCCGAGGAUGCGCUCCCCUCGGGCCCGAUUGCACCAGCUGCGGGCCAGGUCAAUCCACGCGAGGAUGCGAAACCUGAAGAGCCUGCAGCGACGACGGCCGCCGCGCUUGGGCCGGCUCCGCCCUCGGACAACCCAGGCCCUGUGCCUUUGCAGGACGAUGCACCCGAAGGACCGGUCCGGCAGCAGGACCUUCUCUUCGACCCGAGCAUGACGGAUCUCGACGGGUAUCUGGAGCUUCUCACGUCGUACCAGAUCCCCAGCGAGGUCUCGGGGGCCCCAAACUAUUUUGAUGUCAAUGUGCUCGACGAGCAUCACUACGGCACCUCGAUGGAGCUGGCGGCGUUCAACACGUUUGACGCGCAGCCUGCCUCCCUUGCUGCGCCCUAUGGCCAGCAGAUGGGCCUUUUCAGCAACGACGGUGCGGCGCUGGGAUCCCUGAUGGCGACGGAGGCAGGAGGAGCGGCCUCUGCGAAUUCGCAUCUGGCGUCCUACAAUACCGCGAUGCUGAGGCCCCAAGACGGGUUCCCGGCGGCCGACGCCGUUGGCAUGGGGGGCCUUUCGGGUCCAGCGACGGUGCCGGGUGUCGAUACGGCGGCGGCGACAUCUUCGGGCGGGCUCAACAUGCCUUACGCGGAACUCGACGCUGCUUCGAUACCACCUCAGCCUGCAGGCGGCUGGGACGGGCCGGCAGCGUCGGGUGCUGGACCGCCGCCGGGUGCACCCGGCGGCGGUAUCCUCUUUAACCAGCCGAGACCGCCGCCGCUCAACGUGCGCAACCUGCUCAGCGGCGACCAGUGA